AUGGCAUCAUUACCCCCUCCUCCACCUCCAGGAUGGGGUGCAUCGGCUCCCCCGUCGAUGCCUCUGGCUCCACCGCCGCCGGGAUAUCAGCCGCCAGCUGAUCCGACCGUCGCAAAAUUCGCUCAGAAGAAGAACGAAUGGCUCCGGUCGCAACGAAACCGAUUCGGAGAGAAGAGAAAGGGUGGAUUUGUUGAAACACAGAAGGCGGACAUGCCCCCAGAGCACCUGCGAAAGAUCGUGCGAGAUAUCGGCGAUGUAUCGCAGAAGAAGUUCAGCAACGAAAAGCGUAGCUAUCUCGGCGCGCUCAAGUUCAUGCCCCAUGCGGUCUUGAAGCUGUUGGAAAACAUGCCUAUGCCUUGGGAGUCUUCUAGGGAAGUAAAGGUGCUAUACCACGUUAACGGCUGUCUCACGCUGGUAAAUGAGACUCCUAGAGUUAUCGAACCUGUCUUCCACGCCCAGUGGGCCACUAUGUGGGUGUGUAUGCGCAGAGAAAAGAGUGAUCGUAGGCACUUCAAGAGAAUGCGCUUUCCUCCCUUCGAUGACGAAGAACCGCCACUGUCUUGGUCGGAGAAUAUCGAGGACGUCGAGCCGUUAGAGCCCAUCCAAAUGGAACUCGACGAGAAUGAAGAUUCCCCGGUCUACGAGUGGUUUUACGAUCAUCGACCUCUCCUUGAUACCCCCCACGUCAAUGGUCCUAGUUAUAAGAAGUGGAACCUAUCACUGCCGCAGAUGGCGACUCUAUAUCGUCUAAGUCAUCAACUCCUCAGUGACACGGUAGACGAGAACUACUUCCACAUGUUCGAUUUGAAUAGCUUCUUUACAGCAAAGGCUCUGAAUGUUGCCAUCCCCGGUGGUCCGCGUUUUGAACCGUUAUACAAGGACAUUGACCCCAAUGAUGAAGACUUCAGUGAAUUUAACGCCAUCGAUCGUAUCAUUUUCCGUGCUCCAAUUCGCACAGAAUACCGUGUCGCAUAUCCUUUCCUGUACAAUACUCUCCCCAGAAGCGUGAAAGUUUCUUGGUUCUCCCAUCCGCAAGUUGUUUAUGUUCGGACCGACGACCCCAACCUUCCCGCCUUUUACUUCGACCCUGUAAUUAAUCCAAUCUCCUCUCGCUCCGUCGCGCCCAAGAACAUCACUGUUAGCCACGAAGAUGAAAUCUUCGGACCAGGAAAUAACGAAGACGAGUUCGAGCUUCCUGGAGAAGUCGAGCCUUUCUUCGCAGAUGAGGAGCUUUACACCCCGGAGACCGCAUCCGCCAUCGCGCUCUGGUGGGCUCCUCACCCAUUCAACAAGCGCUCUGGAAAGAUGGUUCGUGCACAGGAUGUGCCAUUGGUGAAGCAAUGGUACCUCGAGCAUUGCCCACAGGGUCAACCCGUCAAAGUUCGCGUGUCUUACCAGAAGCUUCUGAAAACGUUUGUGCUCAACGAGCUUCAUAAGAAGAAGCCCAAGGCCCAAAACAAGCAGAAUUUGAUGAGGACCCUGAAAUCGACCAAAUUCUUCCAGCAGACAACGAUCGACUGGGUUGAGGCUGGCUUGCAAGUCUGCCGCCAAGGCUUCAACAUGCUUAACUUGUUGAUUCAUCGCAAGAACUUGACAUACCUGCAUUUGGACUACAACUUCAACUUGAAGCCGGUUAAGACCCUGACCACAAAGGAGCGGAAGAAGUCUCGUUUCGGAAAUGCUUUCCAUUUAAUGAGAGAAAUUUUGCGUCUUACCAAACUAAUUGUUGAUGCGCAAGUCCAGUAUCGUCUGGGCAACAUCGACGCUUUCCAAUUGGCUGAUGGUAUUCUCUAUGCUUUCAACCAUGUAGGACAGCUGACCGGUAUGUACCGUUACAAGUACAAGCUGAUGCAUCAGAUUCGUUCUUGUAAGGAUCUGAAACACUUGAUCUACUACCGAUUCAACUCUGGCCCGGUGGGUAAAGGCCCUGGAUGCGGUUUUUGGGCACCGGCCUGGCGCGUUUGGUUGUUCUUCAUGCGUGGUAUCAUCCCUCUUCUUGAGAGAUGGCUUGGGAACUUGCUGUCUCGUCAGUUCGAGGGUCGCCACAGCAAGGGAGUUGCCAAGACAGUUACGAAGCAGCGUGUGGAAUCUCAUUUCGAUCUCGAACUUCGUGCUUCCGUCAUGGCCGACUUGAUGGACAUGAUGCCUGAGGGUAUCAAGCAGAACAAGAUCAACACAGUCCUUCAACAUCUCUCGGAGGCUUGGAGAUGCUGGAAGAGUAACAUUCCUUGGAAGGUUCCUGGAUUGCCUGCUCCUAUCGAAAAUAUCAUCCUUCGGUAUGUCAAGAGCAAGGCCGACUGGUGGAUUUCCGUCGCGCAUUACAACCGUGAACGAAUUCGCCGUGGUGCUACUGUGGACAAGACUGUUGCCAAGAAGAAUCUUGGCCGACUCACUCGGUUGUGGCUCAAGGCGGAACAGGAGAGGCAGCAUAACUACCUGAAGGAUGGUCCUUACGUGUCCUCUGAAGAGGCUGUCGCUAUCUACACCACCAUGGUACAUUGGCUCGAGUCCCGCAAGUUCUCUCCAAUCCCAUUCCCUAGCGUCUCCUACAAGCAUGAUACCAAGAUUUUGAUCCUUGCUCUGGAACGUUUACGUGAAGCAUAUUCCGUCAAAGGUAGACUCAAUCAGAGCCAGCGUGAAGAGCUUGCUCUUAUUGAACAGGCCUACGACUCCCCUGGAACGACACUGGCUCGAAUCAAGCGAUUCCUUUUGACCCAGCGAGCGUUCAAGGAAGUCGGCAUCGACAUGAACGAUAAUUACAGUCAUAUCAACCCCGUGUACGAUGUGGAGCCUAUUGAGAAGAUCACCGAUGCUUACCUGGAUCAAUAUCUCUGGUAUCAGGCAGACCAACGCCACCUCUUCCCCUCUUGGAUCAAGCCUUCCGAUUCCGAAGUUCCUCCGCUGUUGACAUACAAGUGGGCACAAGGCAUCAACAACUUGUCCAAUGUUUGGGAGACUGCCGAUGGCGAGACAAAUGUAAUGAUUGAGACGGAAUUGUCGAAGGUUUACGAGAAGAUCGAUCUUACUCUAUUGAACCGACUGCUGCGUCUGAUCAUGGACCACAACUUGGCUGACUACAUCACCUCCAAGAAUAACGUGCAGCUCAGCUACAAGGACAUGAACCACACCAACAGCUACGGUUUGAUUCGGGGUCUGCAGUUCUCUGGCUUCGUCUUCCAGUUCUAUGGUUUGAUGAUUGAUCUGCUGCUUCUUGGACUUCAGCGUGCUAGUGAAAUGGCGGGUCCACCUCAGAGCCCUAAUGACUUCCUGCAAUUUAGGGAUCGUGCCACCGAGACCAGACAUCCUAUUCGUCUGUAUACCCGCUAUGUCGACAGGAUUUGGGUGUUCUUCAGAUUCUCUGCAGACGAGUCCAGGGAUCUUAUUCAGCGCUUCUUGACGGAAAAUCCAGACCCCAACUUCGAAAACGUUAUCGGUUACAAGAACAAGAAGUGCUGGCCGCGUGAUUGCCGAAUGCGUUUGAUGCGGCACGAUGUCAACCUGGGUCGCGCUGUGUUCUGGGAUUUGAAGAACCGCCUGCCAAGAUCAAUCACGACGAUCGAAUGGGACGAUACCUUUUCUAGCGUCUACAGCAAGGACAACCCCAACCUUUUGUUCUCCAUGUCCGGUUUUGAGGUUCGCAUCCUCCCGAAGAUCCGCAAUCAGAACGAAGAGUUCUCGGUGAAAGAUAGCGUUUGGUCUUUGGUCGACAACACGACCAAGGAACGCACGGCUCACGCCUUCCUUCAGGUAACCGAGGAGGACAUCCAGAAAUUCAACAACAGAAUCCGUCAAAUCCUCAUGUCUUCCGGUUCCACGACCUUCACUAAGAUCGCUAACAAGUGGAACACGGCCUUGAUUGCUCUCUUCACCUACUAUCGUGAAGCCGCUGUAUCGACUGUCAGCCUUUUGGACACGAUUGUCAAGUGUGAGACCAAGAUCCAGACCCGUGUCAAGAUUGGCCUGAACUCCAAGAUGCCGUCCCGUUUCCCUCCGGCUGUUUUCUACACCCCGAAGGAACUGGGAGGUCUGGGUAUGAUCUCUGGAUCUCACAUCCUUAUCCCUGCUAGUGACAAGCGGUGGUCGCAGCAAACCGAUACCGGCAUUACUCACUUCCGUGCCGGUAUGUCACAUGACGAGGAAACAUUGAUCCCCAACAUCUUCCGGUACAUCAUUCCUUGGGAAGCCGAGUUCAUUGACUCUCAGAGAGUAUGGAUGGAGUAUUCUCAGAAGCGACAAGAGGCCCAACAGCAGAACCGCCGUUUGACGCUUGAGGACCUGGAGGACAGCUGGGAUCGUGGUCUGCCUCGUAUCAACACCCUGUUCCAGAAGGAUCGCAGUACUCUCAGCUUCGAUAAGGGAUUCCGUCUUCGGGCAGAAUUUAAGCAGUACCAGCUUAUGAAGAGUAAUCCAUUCUGGUGGACAAGCCAGCGUCACGAUGGUAAACUCUGGAACUUGAACGCCUACCGUACUGACGUCAUUCAAGCUUUGGGUGGUGUAGAGACAAUCUUAGAACACACUCUGUUCAAGGCCACUGCUUUCCCAUCGUGGGAGGGUCUCUUCUGGGAGAGAGCCUCAGGCUUCGAAGAAUCGAUGAAGUUUAAGAAGCUUACCAAUGCUCAAAGAUCUGGUUUGAAUCAAAUUCCGAACCGUCGCUUCACUCUCUGGUGGUCGCCGACGAUCAAUCGUGCCAACGUCUACGUCGGUUUCCAGGUCCAGUUGGACCUUACUGGUAUCUUCUUACACGGAAAGAUCCCUACACUCAAGAUUUCUUUGAUCCAGAUCUUCCGUGCUCACUUGUGGCAGAAGAUUCACGAGUCCGUGGUCAUGGACUUGUGUCAAGUCUUCGACCAAGAACUGGAGCAACUGGGUAUUGAGGCUGUUCAGAAGGAGACUAUCCAUCCACGUAAGUCGUACAAGAUGAACAGUUCAUGUGCGGACAUUUUGCUUUUCGCUACGAACAAGUGGAACGUUACCCGGCCUUCUCUGCUGUUUGAUACCAAGGACGUGUACGAACCCACCACGACGAACAAGUUCUGGCUGGAUGUGCAACUGAGAUACGGUGACUAUGAUUCUCAUGACAUCGAGAGAUACGUUCGUGCGAAGUACCUGGAUUACACAACUGACAGCAUGAGCAUCUAUCCUUCCGCUACUGGUUUGAUGAUCGGAAUUGAUCUCGCGUACAACCUCUACUCUGCAUAUGGUCAAUACUUCCCCGGUCUCAAGACUCUGAUCCAGCAAGCUAUGGCUAAGGUCAUGAAGGCCAACCCUGCCUUGUAUGUGCUGAGGGAGCGUAUCAGGAAGGGUCUGCAGCUGUAUGCUUCUGAGAGCAACCAGGAGUUCCUUAACUCUCAAAACUACUCGGAGCUUUUCAGUCCUCAAAUCCAGUUAUUCAUUGAUGAUACCAAUGUUUACCGUGUCACCAUUCAUAAGACCUUUGAAGGCAAUCUUACAACCAAGCCUAUCAACGGUGCCAUUUUCAUCUUCAACCCCAGAACUGGACAGCUGUUCUUGAAGAUUAUCCACACCAGCGUUUGGGCGGGGCAGAAGCGUCUGGGUCAAUUGGCCAAGUGGAAGACCGCGGAAGAAGUGGCGGCUCUCAUUCGAUCCUUGCCCGUUGAAGAACAGCCGAAACAGCUUAUUGUCACUCGGAAGGGUCUGUUGGACCCACUUGAGGUCCACCUUCUUGACUUCCCUAACAUUUCGAUCCGUGCUUCUGAACUCCAGCUGCCAUUCCAGGCCGCUAUGAAGGUGGAGAAGCUGGCCGAUAUGAUUCUUCGGGCGACGGAGCCUCAGAUGGUUCUGUUCAACCUCUACGAUGAAUGGCUGAAGUCCAUCUCGCCUUAUACUGCCUUCUCCCGACUCAUUCUUAUCUUGCGUGCCCUGCACGUCAACAUUGACAAGGCUAAGAUUAUUCUGAGACCCGACAAGACUGUCAUCACCCAGGAGCACCACAUCUGGCCCUCGUUGUCUGAUGAGGAUUGGAUCAAGGUCGAAGUGCAGUUGCGUGACUUGAUUCUUAAUGACUAUGGAAAGAAGAACAAUGUCAACGUUCAGAGCUUGACAAGCAGCGAAGUUAGGGAUAUCAUUCUGGGUAUGGAGAUCAGUGCACCUUCGUUGCAGCGACAGCAGGCAGCCGAGAUCGAGAAGCAGCAGGAAGAACAGAAGCAGCUUACAGCCGUCACAACGAAGACCCAGAAUGUCCGUGGUGAAGAGAUCAUCGUGACCACUACAUCACAGUACGAGCAGCAGUCGUUCGCAUCCAAGACCGAAUGGCGCACCCGAGCCAUUGCGACAUCGAACUUGCGGACCAGGUCGAACAACAUCUACAUCUCUUCGGAUGAGGUUCGUGAUGAGGGUUAUACUUACAUUAUGCCUAAGAACAUUCUCAAGCGAUUCAUUACCAUCGCAGAUCUUCGGGUGCAAGUUGCCGGCUAUCUCUAUGGUAGCUCACCGCCUGAUAACGAUCAAGUGAAGGAGGUUCGCACGAUCGUUAUGAUCCCGCAGGUCGGAAAUACACGGGAAGUCCAGCUGCCGCACCAGUUGCCCCAGCAUGACUAUCUGAGUAACCUUGAGCCCCUGGGAGUGAUUCAUACCAUCUCGGGCAACGAGCCGCCGUACAUGACAGCAAUGGAUGUUACUCAACACGCCCGACUGAUGAAUGAGCACUCCAGCUGGGAUAAGAAAACGGUGACGAUGACCGUUUCAUUCACCCCGGGAUCCGUGUCACUGGCAGCCUGGGGCCUCACGCCGCAAGGAUACAAGUGGGGUGCCGAGAACAAGGACACGACGUCUGACCAACCGCAGGGUUUCUCGACCAGCAUGGGGGAGAAGUGCCAGCUGUUACUCAGUGACAAGAUUCGCGGUUACUUCCUGGUUCCCGAGGAUAAUGUGUGGAACUAUAGUUUCAUGGGCAGCUCCUUCGGCAGUGUCGAGAAACGGCCAGUGUACGUGAAGAUCGACACGCCCCUGAGGUUUUAUGAUGAUCAACACCGGCCACUGCACUUCCAAAACUUUGCAGAGCUGGAGGACAUUUGGGUUGAUCGAUCUGAUAACUUUGCAUGA